CACGGCCACCCCUGUUUCUGUUUCAGCAACUUUCUCCAAGAAAAAACAACCCUUCUUCUUUCCCCACUUGCACUCCAAGCUCCACCCUUAAUUACUCGCCAAUUCCUCCAGCGCCACGAGUAUAUAUACAGGCCUCAGCCUCACCUUCGUUCCUCACCAAAAUCCACAUCCAACGAGCUGCAAAGCAGAAGCAGCAACAAAGGUCAAAAGAGCGAUCUUUCUCUUUGAGUUCCCGCAGCGAUCGAGUGUAAGUUAAUGGCGACCGCCGGGAAGGUGAUCAAGUGCAAAGCGGCGGUGGCAUGGGAGGCCGGGAAGCCGCUCUCGAUCGAGGAGGUGGAGGUGGCGCCGCCGCAGGCCAUGGAGGUGCGAGUCAAGAUCCUCUACACCGCCCUCUGCCACACUGACGUCUACUUCUGGGAAGCCAAGGGGCAAACUCCGGUUUUCCCAAGGAUCUUAGGCCAUGAGGCUGGAGGUAUUGUUGAGAGCGUCGGAGAGGGCGUGACCGAGCUCGUGCCAGGUGACCAUGUCCUGCCGGUGUUCACUGGCGAGUGCAAGGAUUGUGCUCACUGCAAGUCAGAGGAGAGCAACCUCUGUGACCUCCUCAGGAUCAAUGUCGACCGGGGCGUGAUGAUCGGCGAUGGGCAGUCCCGCUUCACCACCGGUGGGAAACCGAUAUUCCACUUCGUCGGAACCUCUACCUUCAGCGAGUACACCGUGAUCCAUGUUGGGUGCCUAGCGAAGAUUAACCCCGAGGCGCCCCUUGACAAAGUUUGUGUUCUCAGCUGCGGUAUCUCAACUGGUCUUGGUGCGACUCUCAAUGUCGCAAAACCGAAAAAGGGUUCGACGGUGGCAAUUUUUGGUCUUGGAGCUGUAGGCCUUGCUGCCAUGGAAGGGGCCAAGAUGGCUGGGGCAUCAAGGAUCAUUGGUGUGGACUUGAACCCUGCAAAGUACGAACAAGCUAAGAAGUUUGGCUGCACAGACUUUGUAAACCCAAAGGACCACACCAAGCCAGUGCAAGAGGUGCUUGUCGAGAUGACAAACGGCGGAGUCGACAGAGCAGUGGAGUGUACGGGACACAUUGACGCCAUGAUAUCCGCCUUCGAAUGCGUUCACGAUGUAUGCUCUCGAUGGGGUGGGGCGUGGCCGUGCUGGUGGGCGUCCCGCACAAGGAGGCGGUGUUCAAGACACACCCGAUGAACUUCCUCAACGAGAGGACCCUGAAGGGCACCUUCUUCGGCAACUACAAGCCGCGCACUGACCUCCCGGAAGUCGUCGAGAUGUACAUGAGGAAGGAGCUGGACCUGGAGAAGUUCAUCACGCACAACGUGCCAUUCUCGCAGAUCAACACGGCGUUCGACCUCAUGCUCAAGGGAGAGGGACUUCGCUGCGUCAUGAGGAUGGACGAGUAGAUCGACUGAUCGAGCUUCUUCGUCACAUCCCUCGCUGCUUUCAGAUUUGGUGCUCGAGAAAAACGAACAAAAAAAGUUUGUAAGAUCUUACCUCCGGUAAUAAUGUAUAGUGAGCAUGUGUUGAGCUCUUUUUUGUCACAAAGAACCAACAUGUAUGUGUUUUGUCACAAGGAACCAACAUGUAUGGUUUGAUCUUUAUUUUCAGUGUGUCGCGAUCGCGACGCGACCGUUUGAGCAAUCUGUUUGGGCGUACAUGAACAUUUUCCACAGUGUAAUAAUUUGCAGUUUCCCA